AUGGAUCAAGUAAAAGCACAAGAGUUAAAUGCGAAAUAUGGCACAUUAUUAUGUUUGGAUGUUCCCGAGGGUUCAACUAUUGGCAUAGAUAAUAAGAUUUGGACAUCAGGACCAAUGUUUAAAGGUGUUAAAAUGAUACCACCGGGUGUACACAUGUUUCAUUGCACUGCCUCAAACGAAUAUGGCGAUAGUAUAAUGGUAUCAAGCAGUUUUAUUUGGGUAAAAGAGAUUCAACAUAAUGAUAACCAAGUAGAUAUGGAAGAACGAUUAAAACCAAGCGGUCAAGUUUUUAUAAAGAGAUGGAAUGCUGAGAAUGAAGAUUUUUAUCCAAAUAAUGAAAUUAGUGAACAAGAAAAAGAUUCCUUUACAUUGGGUGUUAGAAAUUUCGAAUUUGAUAAAAAUUUAGCACCAUAUCCAUUCGAUGGCAGCGAAAUUCAAUGGAAACGAUUAACAUCACACAUCACAGAGAAGCUUUUAAAAAAAAUACUUCCAAUAUCAGGUAUAAUCAAUGGUGACUCUUGCUCAUAUGAUCAACAAAAAUCAAAUGACUCUUCAAGAAAAGAGAAACAAUUAUUGGAUGAUUUAGAUGUAAAACUAAAAGAAUUCAAUGAAAAAAGAAAUAUAAAUAAAAAAAAUAUCAAUAGUAACAAUAAUAAUAAUAAUAAUAAUGGUAACAAUAGUAUUUCAAAUUGGGGUAUACCAUACUUUUCAAAAAUACCAAAGAAUCCAAAACUACUCGAUAAAGAAUCUUUAAACAAUACAGUUUCAAUUUCAAAUCUAACAAAAUGGAAUUUAGAUAAAUCCCAAGCACUAGAAUAUAUGUUAAACAAAUAUUAUAAAAAUGAUGAAAUGGAAAUUUUAGGUGAAAUAGAAUUUAGUUUUGUGCUAUUUGUAUUUGGCAUGGCAUGGCUGGGUUUCCAACAAUGGAAAGAUUUAACCACACUAUUUUUACAAUGCGACGAGAUGGUAAUCAAAAGACCGCUAUUAUUCACAGAGUUUUUUAAAGUUUUAAAAAAUCAAUUAGAAGAAGCACCAGAGGAUAUGUUCCAAUCUGAUAUUUCAAAUAGAGUCUUCAUCAAGCCAUUACUAAAGCAAUUUAUUGAAGCAUGUUAUAACCCAGAAACUACAAAUUUAGAAACUAUGGAUCAGGUUCAACUAAACUUAUUUAAAACUAUUAUGGAUUUAAAGAACUUUAUUGAAAAUAAAUUUAAAUGGAACUUAAAUUUAUUCACUGAAAUUAAUAUAGAAGAUGACAAUAAGGGCUAUGGUAUAAAGAAGGCACCAACAUCAUCAAACGAAAAAAAUAAAAAUGAAGAUGACAACGACGAAGAUGACGAAGACUAUAACAAUCAAAUGCAAAAUGCAAAAUCUGCAUAUAUUAACAAUCAGGGCAAUUUAGAUUUCAACAAUGAAGACUAUGACGAAGAAGAUGACGAAUAUAAGCCAGUAUUGGUUUUAGACUCUGAUAUGGAUCAUUAUUUAUAA